AUGUUUCAAGUUAGGUUCUGCUGCUCUGGUCUCUUGCUUGUCAGUUAUCUUUUGUGCUGUGGUUAGUGUGGAUUCUCUUCAACGCAUAGAUAAGACCUCUCCAAAUAAUAUUCAAGGAGUUGGACAAUAAGCAGUUCAGUCAAGACCUCCAAACAGAGCACAUGAGCACCCCCUGGUGUCAGUGACAAGCAUAACACCUGUGAUCAGCGACAUGGUGGGGAAAUAGAGCCAAGACUACCUGGCUCAGCUGCAUCUAACAUCUCCUUUACAUGUGUCUAUUGGAUUAUAGUUCUGUCAUUCUAUGGAGGUGUGAGUUUCAGAACUCAACUCUGAUGCUUAGUGCCUCCAUACCACAGAGAGUCCCCAUACCAACUGGUAUUGACCGGUAACUGAAGCAUGACAAGUUCAACUAUGCGUUAAUUAAUACCUAGAAUAAGGUAUUAAAGAGUUUUCCAAAGAGUUCACUAAAGAAGACUUAACCAACUGUACAGAAGCAUGGAGAUGGAAGCCUCCCGUGCUGUCUACGCUGGGGCCUUCCCCACUGAAUCUAUAGACUCUCUACCCACCAACACCUCCUCCUCUCCAAGCCUGCUCCAAUUCUUCUGGGAUUACCAGAACAAUGAUGUCAUUGUGACCCACUACAACUACACAGGCAAGCUCCAGACAGACCGGUAUCGUGAGGGGUUAAAACCUGAAGCCAUAGCCUUCCUGGUAGUGUGUCUUCUUAUCAUCCUGGAGAAUGCUGUGGUUCUAAUAGCCAUCUGGACCAAUAAGAAGUUCCACCUGCCCAUGUACUAUCUCCUAGGUAACCUGACUCUGUCGGAUCUGCUGGCCGGUGUCACCUACAUGGCCAAUAUCAUCAUGUCGGGUCCUAAUACACUGAGACUAACUCCAAUACUCUGGUUUCUGAGGGAAGGAGGCGUCUUUAUCACAUUAGCCGCCUCCGUCAUCAGCCUACUGGCCAUCGCUAUAGAACGCCACAUUACCAUGGUGACAAUGAAACCGUACCACGGGGCGAAGAAGGGUCGGAUGCUGGCUCUGAUCGGGGGGAGCUGGGCGUUAGCAGGGCUGCUGGGGGUGCUCCCCGUCCUGGGCUGGAACUGUAUGGGUCGUCUGGACCGGUGCUCCACGGUUCUCCCGCUCUUCGCCAAGUCUUAUAUCCUGUGCUGCGUGUCCGUGUUCAGCGGCGUGCUCCUCGCCAUCGUCGUUCUCUACGCCCGCGUCUUCCGUAUCGUGCGCACUAACACCCAGCGCCAACGCCUCGGAGGUGCAAAGGGAAGUCUUCGCAAAGGCCUCGCCAGGAAAUCCCAGAAGUAUAUGGCGCUCCUCAAGACGGUCACUAUUGUCCUCGGCGUCUUCAUCGCUUGUUGGUUGCCGCUCUUCCUCCUCCUCGGCCUAGACUCAUUCUGCCCCGCCCGCCACUGCCGACUGCUCCUCAAGGCAGACUACUUCCUGGGCGUUGCCAUGGUGAACUCGCUCCUCAACCCCGUAAUAUACACCCUGACCAGCAAAGACAUGCGUCGCGCCAUUUUAAAACUGCUCUGCCGCCCGUGUCUCAUAACCAAGGACGGGCAGGUGAAGAGGAUGGGGGUGCCGUUCCUGGAGUGUAGCUUCAGUAAGACGGAGGUGGCAUCGCAGAAGCUGGAAGGCCUGGAGACGACGAUCUCCUCUGGGAACAUCAUCACGGCUCAGUCACCCAUAAAGGCUCUCUACCCCAAGCUCUUCAAGGUCUAAAGAGCCUACAGUGGAUAUCUCUGUGAUGGACAGGGAACUCCCUAUAGAAGAUGGACAACAUAAGUGCUCCGUAUGGCCUCCUGAUAAGACAGGCCUGAGGGACCCUAUGGGCAGCUCUGUGUUUGAGAGAGUAAACCAUAGGGCUUUGUCCCUGCAAGUAAUUUUAUUUCUAUGGAGUGAGCUUCCUAUUGAAGUGGUGGACAACAGGAGUGCUCAAUAUGGCCACCUGAAAACUGCAUCACUUCCUGUUUGGCAACUCCACUCCGAUGGCCUCCUGCAGACUAGCCUACAUCUAUAGCACUCUUCUGGCCAAUGAACUAAGCAUAGGAGCAAACCCUCAAAAAGACAGGGGAAUGAUCUGUGAUUGCGACAGAUACUGCUACAUGUGUUUUUGAUGAGAGCAUCAAGUUUAGACAUAUCUCUCGCUUCAGCAAGUCUGUAGUGGUGCGCUUGCAGCAAGAUCACCUCAUCAAAGGACUGAUGUUGUAAGAAUAAUGACAAAACAUCAAGCCAGGUGGAAAUCUUCCAUAUCUCAUUUGCACUAAGUUAACUCUGCAUUGAGAGACCAUUGAAAGCCAUGGAUUUAGAUUCCAUGUUAUAGUUUGCUAAGUGUCAAAACAGUGGACAUUCUGUUCUAGAACUAAAAGACUAUUGUAACUAAAGACUGUAAACUGGACAUUCCAACCAUGUUGAGUUGUUGUGGCGAGUGUGCAUUGGUUUACUUCACCCAACGUUUUCUAUGUUUUUUUGUUGUUGUUUUAAAUGCCUUAAAGAGGGCAUAAUAUGGACAUGAUGAUAAUAUGCCUGUGGACAACUGGACUUCGCUGGCUCGAAGGUCCAUGUUGUACCCGUCUGUGUCCCAAAUGGCACCCUAUUCCCUAUAUACUGCACUACUUUUGACAUUUGGGAUGCGGCCCGAGACUCCGGUUGUGAUAACCCCAUACAGCUACACAGUGUGCCCAAACAGAAGCCUAUACAGGAAGUGGAUGGUGUGUUGUCCACCCACCAGUUGCUCUUUAAAAUACAAACACAGAAUGGAAACCGACACAUGCACCUAAACGUUGUGGGACGUGGGAGGGAGAAGUCAAACAAUACUAUGAUCACAGGAUGCUGGUGAGGGGAGGACGGCUCAUAAUAAUGGCUGGAAUAGAAUCAAUGGAAUGGUAUUAAAA